UAAUUACCCGUCGGCACCCGAUGAUUACCGACAAUCACCGAAGGGGAGGAAGACUGUUUUGUUUACAAACAGUCUUCCUCCCUGUCAGCUCGAGCACACUGCUCGGGAUGGCUGUGCACAGUACAGCAAUCCCAGUCUGUGUGCUUACAGUAAAGAACACCCCCAGCACCCUAGUAAAACACUCCCAGCACAUAGCACUGAUCACUGUAUUGGUGUCACUGGGGAUGUCAGUGACACCAAGUUAGUUCCCCCCCAGUGUCAGAAUGUCUGCCGCAGUCCCGCUAAAAGUCGCUGAUCGCCGCCUUGGUGUCACUGACAUCCCCAGUGACACCAAUACAGU